AAGUGCCUUUCCCAUGGGUGUUGUAAAUGUCCAAUUGGAGCUGUCAAUAUGACCCAAAAUCCGGGAAAAACUCUUGGUGUAUAGUGAAACUGUGUAUAAAAGUGGAAAAUGAAGAUUAAAUUUAAAGCAACUUGGUUUACGCCUUCGCAUAACGGGGUCUCCGCCAACCACGUAUAAUUUUUCGAGUCAGACAGAAUUAUGGAAGAAAACUCAAUGGUUCGGGAUCUCAUCACAAAGAUUCUGGAUGAACCCGGACCAGAAGGGAACAGUUCCAUACAAACACCGGAAAAAACAAUAGGCACGCUACAGUCGGGCCUAAACCAAUAUGCCAAAAACGACACAGGAAGUUCAUUCUUAUCGCCGCCGUUCAACUCGUUUCAAAACAAUCCCUAUUUGAAUCAAAACGAAAACGGCUUCUACAUGCAGAAUGGAUUUUCAAACGGAUUUGUCAAUUAUCCAGAGAAUGAUGACCAUUUGCUCGGCAUAGAACCGAUAAGCGACGAUACAGUGACACCCGAACAGUUGAAUUUACUGCGCUUAGCUGCUCAAGAAAUAGGCGGCGCGCAAUUCUCAAGCCCAACAAAAUACGACGAGAAAUUCUACAAUUUCUUCGAGCCGAACCAAAGAAACUCUCUGCCGGAGACAAAUAUGUUCAGCAAUUUCAACCAACGACCAAACAGUUUGAAUAUAGACAUGAAUUACUCGAACUACGAUUACGCCCAAAGAUAUCCAAAUAAAUUCGACAAUUCAUUCGUCAAAGAACAGAACACGGAUCCAACGGAUUUGCUAACAUAUUUGCAUCAAUUGAAUCUAUCACUGGACCGGACGAGGGAGGACAAUUUACUGCAGAAUAAUUUUAAAAUGCCAGAAAUGAAUGGGCACUAUCCAAACGAAGAAUAUAAGAUGCUAGAUGAUAGGAACAAGGUGUUUUUCAACCGUAACUUCCAACAUCCUCCUACAAAGUUCAACGGAGAGAACAACUUCUAUCCAAACGAAAUGCUCAAUCAAGUGGACAGGAACAGCUUGCAGAAUUUCGAUUUCAAUCAACCAGUGAACGCUAUGAAUUUCAAACCGAACGGAUAUCAUCAAAACGAUUUCAUGAGGCGCGAUAUGAAUCAAGUUAUACGAGAUGGUUAUCAAAACGGUAUGGAGCAGAGACAAAAUUUCGAUAACGGUAUGAACAGAGAUCAGCAAGCGGUGGUUCGUCAGCAAGAAUUGGCGCGACAGAUGAACAUGCUGAUGAGGAAUCGACCGCCUCCGAAUCAAUUGAACGUCGAUGUGUCCUUCCUGCAUGAGAAUGCUCCGUUUAAUCUUGGUUUGAAUGCUUUACUGGGUCCGAGCCCGCCAGUCCCACCGCCAGUGCUGCCGUCGCCAAUGUUGGAUUUGCCCCUUGCACCCUAUUAUGCUAUGAGGAAUAUGAGGGGUGCUGUAACAUCAUCUAGUAUACUCCACGCUCGUCUAGACGCGUGCUACGAACAGUGGAAGCAAUUGGAACGGGAGAGAAAACGGACAGAAGCGAGACUUGCCCUCGCCUACCCUGGCCGAGCUGUCUCUUCAUCUAACUCUAUCCCUGUACCAAGAUUGCCUCCGUGUCCAACUAGAGUGGAUAGACUUACUGUGGAUAUGCUGAGGGAACACACCAAGGUAUUAACGUUAAUGGGCAAAAUGGAGACGCUGCGUGCGAGUGUGUGUGUAGCGCAGAAUAAGAAGCCAAACAAACCGGAGGACGGGAAGAUAACGGUUCUGAAACGCGGCCAAGGGAAUGUACCCGGGGAACAAGAGAAGGGCUUGGAUCCGGCUACUUUCGAUCCAACUACGUGGAGGGAAGAUGUUAAGAAUUUGGCGGAAAUCGCACCGCACGGCGAGGUGGAGAGCGCGAUGCUGGCGUGGCGCAGCGCCGUCGCCGGCGUGCAGGCGGCGCGCCGCCGCGAGCUCGCGCCGCACCGGUACCUGCCCGCUGACCCGAUACUGCAGCUGGCGGCGGCGGUGAAGCAGCUGUGCGAGUGCGCGCGGCGCGCCCGCUGCGCCAUGUGGUGCGACCUCACGCUCACCGUCGCGCUCGCGCCGCCGCCCGCGCACACUGACCACUCCCCGCAGUAUUCGAACCAGCAGUCACCUAAGCACUCUCCGGAUUCACCACUAAACAACAACAACAACAACAAUAGUAAUCCGGGAAAACCAAAUGGUGACAAUAAAGAGGACAAACCGAGCGGCGACCCGCCAAAGUCAGACAGUACAGAGAAACAGACGAACAAACAAAACGACAAAGACAAGAAUCGCCGCACGCAAAACUACAAGCACAAGGUGAACCAACGCAACGAUUUCUAUCAGAAGAACCAGAGGUAUGACAAUCGAUUUAUGAGACAUCCAUAUCACUAUUUGGCCACGGGGCCCAUUAAUUAAUUUAACGGCGUUAGGACGUCGUUAAAUCGUGGUUAGACGCCAUUAAAUGUGAUUAGGUUUAUUCGUUUCGAUGUAUGUACAGCUCGAAAUUAUUUUCAAUGAAGUUGGCCACUGUUAGAUUAUAUUUUAAUGGUAGUUGAUUAUCAUUUUAAAUUAUUAUUUAACUGUCAUUUAUAAUAAUUAAACUAAUUGACUUAUAUUGUAUCAAACCUGUAUGUUAUUGGAGUUCUUUGUACUAAAAAUAAAUGUCAAAUUAACAUUGCUCAAAAUUAACUGUUAAUUUCUAUAAAAUAUAAUUUCAAAUAAUCGGUAUUUCUGUUUGUUAAAUAAGCAUAUUUAGGCAUAAAUGUCUUAAAAAUAACUUGUUUUAAUGAUGUCUAUCAGAAACUAAAGUUUUGUCAGUCGUCAUUAAAUUCCUUUGACAACCUAAUAAUUCUAACGAUUCGAAACGAAUAGAUUUAAUGUAAUACUCAACUGAAAAUCAAUUAUGCUAAAUUGUUUAUAUAUAUAUAAAUUAAUUUAACAUUAAUUUUUAUCAUUUAAUUUUAUUGAUGUCAAUUUUUUGGAGCGGAAACUUGUAUUAUGUACCUGACAAGAGGAUUAGGCGGUUAUACACGGUUUACGUUGAAAUGUUGUGAGAACUACGCUUAUUAUUUAAAAAUGGGAAUUUUAAUGACAUAUUUAUGAAGGUUAGCAAGUGCCAAAUAUCGUACUCAGAAAUGGUCAUAAGAUUUUUAUUAUUGAAAUUCCCAUUUUGUUACAAAUGAAAACCCAAUGAACUUUCGGUGUUAUGUUUUUUGUAUAUUAUAAAAGAUUUAAUGAAUUUGUUAUGUGUAUCUUAAGUUUCCCUCCAAAAAAAAAAAUGGAUUCGGUAAUUGGCAACACUGACGGAAAAAAUAACAUGGGCACUGUGAUGGAAACCCUGGUUUUAUCAAAUUUUAUCCCUCUGCUAAGCUUUUUCUAUUUAAGCUACUUUAAUACUUUUGUAACUUUUCUACCGCUGCGUAAUUUCGCGGCAGUGUUGCCAAUUUUUUUUUUUUCUAAAUUUAAAAGCAUUUAAUAUGCACAACUCGUGCUGUUUUACGCCUUUAUAGACGUGUCUUAACGCAUGUGCGUUUAUUUUAAAUUCUACGUUUUAAUAAGGCUUUAAAUGGUGAUGAUGGAAAAUCUGUAGAAAAAUUAAUUAUAUCUAUUAUUUCUGUUACCGUUUAUAUAUUAUAAGUAAAAUGAAUUUUGGAAACAAAAUUGAAUGUACGAUUUAGCUUGUGUUAUUUUUUUUACAGACAAUAAAUUUCAAAAUAAAAUGAAGUGUUAUAUACAGAUGUGCAAUACGUUAAGCCGAUUUAUUUAAUAAGUUAAAAAUAUUUAAAAUUAUGAACAAUUCAUUUAUUUAAUUUAAAAGUUUGCACUUCGUUAUAUAUAGACAGAUUUUUCAUCAUCUACCCUCAAUAUGUGACAAACCGUUUGGGAGGUGCCCACAGUCAUAUCAACAGUGAAGUACACUUUUAUAAUUGCAUUUAAGUGUAUUCGACCAUUAGUCUAUAUGCCGGUAGUUGUGCUUGGCUAGAUAAUUGUCUACGCCCUUUCCUAUAAUACCACAGAUCAUAGAUUAUGCUAGAUCAUUGUCUUUGAUGUCACUUUUUAUAAAAAUUGUUAUAAAAUUUGUACAACCAUUGACUAGAGUGAACUGCAAAUGCAUAUCUAUCGUAUAAAAUACGUGUGAAACUCAAAAUAAUCUCUUGUUAUGUAUUUGAUUAAAUAAUUUGUCUAUUUAUAUAUAGUACAAACAUAAAAACGGCAGCGAAUUAAAUAAAUUGAAGCAUUCUGUGACGUCAUAGACAAUUUAGCUACAAUUUUGUCUUGUCUGGUUCAAUAUAUGAUCUGUGGUCAGUACAGAUUCGACUUUUAACGGAUGAAUGGCUAUUUUCUUUUAAUUAACAAAAAAAUUAACCGUCCGUUUGAAAAGCGAAUCGUGUCGCGAUUGUAGGAGGGGCAGUUUAUUCUAUACAUAAUUUGGUCGGUUUAUACUUGCCAAGUAUGUCGGUGCGAGUGAUGAAUUAAAGAAAAUGUUCUUUCCGAGGUUUUAAUAUAUUUAAUAUGACUUUGGAAAGUUUAGGGAAAUUUAAUUUUUUUUUAUUAUGGCCUGCGAGUUUCUGGUUUGUAAGAGUAUAUACAACGCUUGAUAGCUAUUUCAAUGAGAAUUUAUUUUUUACUUAAUAGAUAUAAACGAAUACAGAUGACAUAUGCAGAAGUUGGAAACUCCUUUGAUAAAAACAAAGAGAAAGUCCAGCUUUGUCCAUUCGUAAUUUGUUUAAAACAUUUUAUAUUUGUACAUAAUAAAUACAUGGUUUACACACCUUGCAAACAAAAUUCGCACUGAAAAAAAAUACUUAGCAAAUAUUCGGAAGUUUAAUUUAAAAAAGUAUAAAAUCUAGUCAUAUCUUCAUAGUUUUACGAAACAAAGGUCGCCUCACUCGCUCCGACGUCUAAAACCUUAUAUGUGAUGUCGUAGUCGGUUAAACGGUUUCCCGUGAAAGGUUUAUUAAAUAUGUGAAUAAUUAGCGUAAGUAUUUGUCUAUUGGUUGUUUAUAAAGUCGGUUUCGGUGUCUAGAGGAAUCCAUUGUAUCUUUUUAUCGUCAAUUUUUUUAAUUUAGUCGCGUACUAAUACGGCGAUUCGUUUUGACAGUUCUAACCAUAGAGUAUAAUAUAUUUUUUGUCUGUGUCUGUCAAUUUGACGUUUCGCGUUCCCGCGCACGACGCUGUUCGCGCUAUUUUAUACGCUUUAAUAUAUUUAAUACGGUUCAUUAAUGAAUUAAUUAUGAUAUCGGUGCACAAAUAUGUUUUCACUGCCGACGCGGCGGAUUAACCAAAACAUUCGUAGUAUAAUCUUCCAUGUUAAGUUGUAGGUUUAAGUGAAAAUGUUUAGAACUAAUUUUUUUUUUCUCUCUCUUUCGUUGCGUUGACGCUUUUUGAUUAAAUCAAUUUGACAAAGGCCGUAAUAAGACUAACGUCGAAAUGAAUUUUAUGAAUGGCUAUAACUUGUUUUUCGUUUUUGUUUCUUUUUUCUUUUUCUUUAUCUUUAUCUUUAUCUUUAUUCGUUGAACGUAGUGCCUUUUACGUACAUGCAUUUGAUCCCUGUA